AAUCCGUGACCGGUAGCACUGCGCUUCUCCCAGAGAGUUCCAGAAACCCGAAAGCGAGCGAGAGCAGUCGAGGAGCAGAGGGUCGAUGGCGGACUGGGGCCCUGUGGUGGUGGCGACGGUGCUGUUCGUGUUGCUCACGCCGGGGCUGCUGUGCACGCUGCCGGGCCGGGGCCGGGUGGCGGAGUUCGGCAGCAUGCACACCAGCGGCCUCGCCAUCCUCAUCCACGCCAUCCUCUACUUCGCGCUCGUCACCAUCUUCAUCAUCGCCAUCGGGGUCCACAUCUACGUCGGGUAGCCGAUCCUCGCCCGGGGCGGUGACACUCGAAUCGAAGCCGCUUGCUUGGCUGGCUGGUCAACCAAGAUCCGCAGUUUUCUCUUUGCCCCCUGCGGCCUGAGUGCGAUUGUCCGACGGAUUGAUUCGUGGCAUCUGGUUGUAAUCAUCGACUCAUCGUCAAGUCGUUAAUGCAAUCUUGUAGUGUUACCAUGAGUACUAAUCGGUGCUGUGCUGUGUGCUGCACUGCUGCUAUGUU